AACAGUUUGCUUAAGAAUAGUUAAAUAAUAUUAAAAAAUAAGUAUUGCAACGCGUUCGCAAUGUGAUACCAAGUUUAAUGGAUAAUGUGCGUUUUUCGAGAAGAGCUAAGAAAGAAAUAAAUCGUAUUUGAGAUACCAGAGUACGCACACACGCUAACACUUUCACACACGUACGUACGAUAGUUUUAAGCAGAAAGUGGGUGGCGAAGGCAUCAAACGCAAUAACGACGCAAAGGCUGAUCAGAAUAUAAUGAGUGGUCGCGGUAGCCGGAAGCGUGGACGCCCGCCAAAGACGCCAAACGAGCGCUCAUCGGGACGUUUCAACUAUCAUCUGCUCAAGAAACCAAAAUAUCUCAGUGAAGGUAAAUCCCAGCCAAGCACUCCAUCGGCGUCGCGCUGCAUCUCACCACAAAGCGAUGAAUGCAGUCGCGGCAGCCACAACAAUCGCAGCGGACGCGGUAGCGGAUCAAAAAGGGGCCGUGGACGUAAAUCGAACGCUCACGCUAACACCAGUACCAACAAUUAUUCAGGAAGAAAAGGUUUCGAGUCGGAGUAUCAUUACGGCUCGGAUUUCGGUGAUUCGGAUGAGGAAAAAACCGAUAAUGAAGAUGAUUUGCUACUUACGCCUAGCGAUGAUGAAAGCUUGGAUGCUGCCAAUGAGAGUGAGUCCGAGUUUUCAGUCUGCAGUUUUACACAAAAUGGCUUAGGCCGACCACCGCGUCCGCCCAGCCCGGAGCCAAUUUGGCUGCAAGAAGGUCGAGAAUUUGAGCCACUUCAAUUGCCCGACUCGUCUGAAGAUUUAUUUGUAGACAAUGCGCAUGUUUUGCGCGCUGUAAGUAUUUACGAAGUAUUGAGACGCUUUCGUCACUUGGUACGACUUUCGCCUUUCCGAUUUGAGGACUUUUGUGCUGCACUGGUCUGUGAGGAGCAGAGUGCACUGCUCACGGACGUUCAUAUAAUGCUCCUGAAGGCGAUAUUACGCGAGGAGGACGUACAGGGCACACAUUUUGGGCCGCUCGAUCAAAAGGAUACUGUUAAUAUAAGCCUAUACCUGAUAGAUGCCAUUACCUGGCCAGAAGUGUUGCGCAGCUAUGUGGAAAGUGACAGGGAAUUCGAUCGUAACGUUUACAAAAUACUCAGCACUGGCGAAUAUCCCUAUACAGGCGUCGAACAUCGUCUGGUUGUGCUGCAGUUUUUGGCUGAUCAAUUUCUAACUGCCAACUCGGUGCGCGACGUGAUGGUGCAGGAGGGUCCCAUACAUUAUGAUGAUCAUUGCCGCGUUUGUCAUCGCCUCGGCGAUUUAUUAUGUUGCGAAACCUGCCCCGCUGUCUAUCACUUGGAGUGUGUCGAUCCGCCUAUGAACGAUGUACCUACAGAGGACUGGCAGUGUGGCCUGUGUCGCUCGCACAAAGUCUCUGGAGUUGUCGAUUGUAUUCUGACGCAAGAGAAACAGGGCGUCCUCAUACGUCACGAUAGUCUCGGCGUGGAUCGACAUGGUCGCAAGUACUGGUUUAUUGCGCGACGUAUUUUUGUAGAGGAUCAAAUCGACGGUGUUACUUGUUGGUACUAUAGCACGACAGCAAAAUUGGAGUUGCUGCUGAAGCGUUUGGAUGCAACAGAGCUGGAGACUCGACUUGUUUCUCAGCUGACUGACCGUCAGGAAGAAAUAGAGCGUCAGAUGAAGCUAACCGAGUCGCUCACCAAUGAGCACAAACAUAACAAGCGCACCUUAUUAGAUCUAGAGAACGAGGCUACACAAGAAUUACUCGAAAAGGAUUCGUCCAAUAUUUCAACAGAAGAAAGUAGCGAUCAAGCGGGCGAGUCCGCUAAGAAAGCUGAAGAUAGUAAAAUGAUAACGCGUCAAAAGACAAAUCAAUUAAACAGCGGCACACUCUAUUUCAAACUGGGCAUGGAGCAGGGCUUUAAGAACUAUGUUAACCAGUACGCCACCAAUCCCAUAGCACUAAACAAGCCGCAACGCAAUGAGGAGCGCGAUAAACGGCGUCAUCUCUCCCACAAAUUUUCCCUGACAACUGCCUCCGAUUUCAAAUGGAUUGGCAUUACAAUGGGUACAUGCGACAACAUUAUCACAACACUACGUCAAACCCUGCUUAACUUUGAGUCGAACAUAGCUGCGUCCUUCAUGAAUAGCAAUUGGCUGACCAACAAGAAAAUGUGGAAUAAUGCUGUAAUGAAUGCCAAACGGGCCACAGAUUUCGCGGCUGUUAUGCUGCUGUUCCAAUCGUCGCUGAAGAGCGUCGUCUUUGCCAAUGUGUGGCACGAGCAGCUUGGGCACAUGCAUCUGCAGCGGAUCACAAGCGGCGAGCGUGAAGAGCGCAAAAAGCAGGAGAAGCGUGAAAAGCGUGAACGUGACGAUGAGGAGGAGCGAAAUCGUCUCGCUUUUAAUUAUAUCAAAUAUUCGCUGGGCCUGAAGCAUCAGGUCUGGAAGCAAAAAGGCGAAGAGUAUCGUGUUCAUGGUCAAUGGGGUUGGCUCUGGCUAUCCAGCAGUCGACGCUGCGGCGUUCGUGUCCGGCGUACACGUGCCCAGCCCUUGACACACAAUCGCAUCUAUGUACACUACACGUUAGGUGAGGAGAAGAACGUCAAUGAAGUUAUCCUCGUUGAUCCGCGAACUCAGCGCUUCAUUCAGCAGUGUAAGACAGUGCAUGAUGCGGGUCAGGUGUGCCAUUAUUUGCCCGAACAGUACACACACGUAAAUAUUGUCGAGGACGUUGGUGAGCGGGUCAAUGGUGUUAUUGAUGUGAGCAAAGCAUUGUGUGAACCAGGACGAAUCUAUUAUCCAAAGGUGGCGCGCAAAUGUCGCCUGGAUGAUUUGCUGGAGCGGCGCACCAAAUUGGCGGAGGUCGAGAAACAAAUUUCUAUAAAAUCGGAUGCGGAUGGUGAUAUCAAGCCACUUUUAAUAACAACAACAACAGCUAAUGGGACAGGCAGCCAUAAGCAAACGUAUCUAGAGAAGCGUUUAAUGCGCCUCACAGAAUCCUCAGGCAGGAGUAUUCCAUCCAACGUUAACUUAGAUCUCGUCAACUCACUAGCCAAGCAAAUACAAACAGUGCGUUUGCAGUUCAGUCAACUGAAUCGCUACGCCAAGACCUUCCGCUGCUAUACGAAGGAGUGCAAUACGAAUUCAAAUGCUGUUUCGCAGAUUACUCAGAACACGUGUUACUCCCCUCUCUGCCUACAGAAAGCACGGGCCAAGAAAGAAUUGUUGUUGCUGCUGCGCAAGGCACACACAGCUGGCAAUGGCUCGAAGGAGACGGUGGCAGCGAUUUUGGGUGCAGUGAAAAAGCCGUCCAUACUCGAACAGAAAUUAACAGAGGGUAAAAAGGAAUCUGUCCAAUUGGCCAUCGAUGAGUCCGAUGAUCACAAAUUACACGAAACCGAAGCGCCCCUCGACUUGCUGCAAGACUGGGAGCAGGCACGCGCGCAUGCAGUCACCUUUAGUGAUCAUUUGAUCACAGGUUGCCUACUGAAAGAAACCGAGAAUACAGAGAAGGUGCAAGUCAAGGAGGAGCAAAGUACAGCAAGUAGUCUGAAUCCGGACUCAAAUACUCAGGACUCCGACAAAAUGGACUACAUUGAGAAUAUGGACGUGUGCAGUAAUGUUGAAAUAGAGAGCACAGAAGAUUCACUGACUGUGGCAGCGAGUUCAACGGCAAAUAUCGACGAUAUUGAUAUGUUUCCCGGCUUGCGUCGCAAGCGCACACUGAAGCCUAAGAAGGCAUAUAUUGGCACCAAAGAUGUAUUAGACCAAACUUUGGACAAAGAUAUACCGCUCAACAAGCAAAAUCGUAGAUUUCCCAUUACUCAACGUCCUGUUAAACGUGAGGAUGUCACCAAAUAUGAGCGCGAAUAUUUUGAAAAUGGCAAUGAACGUGUUUACUCCUCAACUUCACCCAGAGGUCGCGUCUAUCUGCUGCGUGAUGAGUCCAAAUUGUAUGAGCAAUCUGUGAAAGCUGAUGAUAAGACAACAGUUGUCAAGAAGGCAAAUUAUGCGCGCUAUCCGCUCAUUUCCAAUUUCCUGACCCAUAAGCAAAAGCGUAGUCUUUUGGUCUUGCCACGCUACGAGCUGCUUAAGCUAUCCCGUCUGGGCGGUAAAGCGCCGGCUAGUGGCUUUCAUCAUGCCGCCAAAAAUAACUGCAUUUGGCAAUACCAGUGCUCUAGGCCUCUGUUCCGUACAUGCUGGUCAUAUCGUACAUCCAAUGCCACAACUUUGUCGUGCAUAGCAUUGCAGUUGCGAAUCCUAUGGUCUUGCUUACGCUGGGAUGAUAUGAUUGCCAAGCCGCCAUCCGCUGAUGGAAAGCAUCAGGUUACAACAGAGAAUGAAAUCGUGACAUUAGAACUGCUUAAAUUACGGCACGCCGGUCGCUAUGGUGAGAAGACGAGUUAUCUCCGACGCAAGGUUGUUAUACCUUUGGAGAUGCCAAAGACUAUCAGGGAGGUAACUUCAAUCCGUUCGGGUCUGCGCAAACGAAAGCGCGCCGAAUCCCCCCAACCGACAGAACCACAAAUAAGCGAGGAAUGGGUGGAUGAGGAUAAGCUUGAGCUGUGGGAAAUCAAGUUUAUUGGCGAGAAGCAAGAAAAGGCACGCUUAGCCACUGUGACACGUUCUGUGACUUCGCGGCAACUGGAAUCAAGCAAUGGCUCCGGUUCUAGUGUGUCCGCCAUUGGCAGUCCAGGCGGUGGACGGGUUCUGUUGGCACCAAAACCUGGCGAAGAUGUCAAGGAUAAAAUGGAACAGCAAUUGAAGCUACAACGGGCAGCUCAUCAACAGCGUAAAGUAAUUGGUGUCAACGAAGUCACGCGUUCAUCAACACCUGUUAAAGGACAAGUGAUUGGUAGUAGACGUGUGAUAGUCAAGAACCCGGAUGGAACAACGCGCAUCAUACAACAAGCAACCACACAAUUGGCUCGCAGUUCAGCAUCAGCAGCAUCGUCAGCAACAAGCCCCUCGCCGUCUUCGAAUGCAUCGCAGGGCAAUGCCACAUCAACGACACCCGCUUCCACGCCACACAAAGUACAAAUUAUACGUGGACCCGACGGCAAAGUGAGCGUUCGUGGACUAAAUCCAGGACAGCAGCUGGUGCAAAUGCCAGACGGCAAACUGCAUGUCUUAACGACAACAACAUCAAAUGCAGUGACAUCAAGUGUCAAGGGUAAACUGCCAAUAAAAACACUGACUGCGCCGGUAGCAUCACAUGCGCUGCCAACAGCGACGGGUGCUGUAAAUGCAACAUCUCCAGUGAUCAAACAAAUUGCAGUAAAACAUGUUAACAUAGCUAAAUCACCGGGUGCGCAAACCCUUGCAUCAUCUCAACGUGUUACUCUGCCUUUAGCACAAGUGAAAAAUAAAUUAUUGCUUGCGCAGCAGCAACAACAACAGCAGCAACAGCAGCAACAGCAGCAGCAGCAGCAACAACAACAAACUGGUCAGACCAGCACAGCUUCGCCAAUUGUUCAGAAGCUUGUGCCGAAAGUUGUAACAACUGCUUCGCCGAAUCAGCAAUUGUUUGUUCAACCUGGCUCAAAGUUGCUGGUCACACAAGGUUCGCAAGGACAAAAGGUUAUCAUAUCUGCAUCACCAAGUCAACAGCAACAGCAGCAAGGCACUGCAACAGUACAACAGCAGCAAAUUGUUCAAGCACAAACAAUUCAACAGCACAUCCAACAGCAGGCGCCACCACAGCAACAGCAGCAACAAAUUGUGGUUAACCAGCAGAUGGGCAGUCAGCCUACACAAAAGGUGAUACAGCAAAUUGUUAACACAAGCAACGUGCAGCAGCAAAUUGUUGUUGGUGGGCAGCGCAUAAUAUUGAGUCCUGGUCAAACGAUCGUUACGCAACGCAAUGUGCCGCAAAGUCAAGCCCUGCAAAUGGUACAGCAGCAAAUACAAACACAACAGCAGCAACAACAACAACAACAGCAGCAGCAACACAUCGUACAGCCACAGCAACAAUAUGUGGUGCAAGCCAAUCAAACUGUUCAAACGACACCCACAACGCAAACAAAAUUUGUUAAACAGGUGGUGGUGCAACAGCAGCAACAACAGCAGCAGCAGCAGCAGCAACCACAAGUGAUCGAAGAGAAACCACAGAGCAGUACUACUGAAAACGCUGAGACAGCCACACAACAAGUGCUUGUACCCAACUCAACGCUGGCUCAACAACUGGCGCAAGGCAAAUUGCAAGUGGCAACAAUUAAUGGACAGCAAGUCAUUGUCAAGCCGUUGGGCAACAAUCAAGCUCAAAUCGUGGCACAUAUUAAACAUCAGGGCGAUGGCAAUGCCCAUAUUGUGACGAACAAUGCCACGCCCGCCGUAGCCCAAGCGAGUCCGCAAAACUCACCUGCUAAACAGACGCAGCAGCAAACUGUUGUGCAACAAAGUCCACAGCAAGUCGUUAUACAGCAACAGCAGCAAGUUCAGACGCAACCACAACAACAGCCGCAGCAGCCACAGCAGCAUAUUGUACAGCAAGUGGUACAGCAAGCGCCAGCACAACAGCCCUUAAGUGUUGAAGAGAGUCUCCUGCAGAAUCAGCCACCUGGCACAGUGAUCAAGUGUGUGACGGCACAAGUAUUGCAAACGGAGCACGGACCACGUAUUGUGCUGCAAGGACUUGUGGGCAAUGACUUUACAGCACAACAACUGCAGCUGGUGCAAACGCAGGUGAAGCAACAGCUAAUGAAAGCCCAAGAAUCUAAUGGCAAGCUAGGCGUUUUAGGCCCUACAAAAAUCUAUUUAGCCGUGCAGCCAGAAACAACGGCACAAUCGUCACAGCCGCCGCCCCUAACGCCCGUGCACCAAACGGCGACACAUCAACAAACCAACGAUAACACCAGCAUCAACAGCAACAACAACGACAACGACGCCACCGCGCCUUCAGCUAAUAAUGAGGAGGCUGCCCCAGCCAACGACAGUUGCUCCGCAGCAAACAGCACAAGUGCCUCUGGCAAUGGCAUCGAAGUCGACCUCGACUCCAGUUGUCUUGCCCAAGCUGAUAAGCAUAAUAGCAUCACAACAACAACCACCGCCACCACCAUUAUCAACAACAACAACAACGGCAGCAGCGGCAGCAGCAGCAGCAGCAGCAGCAGCAGCAACAACAACAACAACAGCAACUACAACAACAACACAGCUGGAGCAACUGCUACGGAGGCGAACGUAGACUAUGCCGUAGUGGCAUCAUCAGGCGAUCUCUGUGCGACAUCCUUACUGCAAGGCAGCGAGAAUGAGCGAACCGAAGAUUUUGUCGUAACCAGCGGCUACAUACAAGAAACUAUAACAAAUGUACUCAAUCAAGGCAAUCUGAGUCCAGAGCUGAAGGAGAAAUUGGUGAACAUGCGCCUGAAGCAGGAGCAGCAAAAUUCGCAGAACUUGGGCGAAUGGACGCCAUCAGCAAAUAGAUCGAAUUCUAUAAGUGAAUGCGCCAGCACCUCUAAUCGCCGACGCACUGCUUCGCGGCAUAACAAUAACGACGAUGAUGAAUGGAAGAUACGUACACCGUCUAAACGUCAUCAUGGCUUGCCCACCGUUAGCCAGAAUAACAAUAGCGCAGUUAAAAGCAAUCGAAAGCCACUGCCUUUGGAGGAUGCGGCAAACCUGAGUGAACCCAAGCAAACGCAGUUGGAACGCCAUAAAGACUUGCUAAAGAAGAGCAUCUUGCGAAAACGUUCGCUGCUCGAACGCAAUUUACAAAAUGAAAUUCGCGAGGAAGUUGAGGCCAAAUCCAAUCGGCAUGUGCGGGCCAUGAGCACAACAACGCCAGAGAAGCCAAUCGAAAAUGAGCGCACGUCAGUGUUCACUGAGCGUCUGAUGGAUCAAAAUACAGAGCUCAAACGGCACAGCAAGCCGUCAAUUGGCCGCAGUCUUGGCGCUGAGCCGACAACACUGCACAACAGGCACGGAGUUGGUCGGCCCAAGAAGUUGACUCGCAAGAAGGAGAAGCUAUAUUGUAUAUGCCGCAAACCUUAUGAUGACACCAAAUUCUAUGUUGGUUGCGACUUGUGCAGCAAUUGGUUCCAUGGUGAUUGUGUUAACAUUACCGAGGAGGCGUCCAAAAAGCUAACGGAAUUCAUUUGCACCGAUUGCCAGAAGGCGCGUGAAACUCAACAACUUUAUUGCAGCUGUCGGCAGCCUUACGAUGAAUCACAAUUUUAUAUUUGCUGUGAUAAGUGCCAGGACUGGUUCCAUGGUCGUUGCGUUGGUAUUGUCCAAAGCGAAGCGGAGUAUAUUGACGAGUACGUUUGCCCGGAGUGCCAGCGGAAUUCGGAUGCGAAUAUUGCAAAUAUAAAGAGUCUAACGCAGAGUGAAGUUAUUGAACUCAAAAGCUUAAUCAAGCAAAUACAGUCCCACAAAAGUGCCUGGCCAUUUAUGGAGCCGGUUGAUCCGAAAGAGGCACCGGACUAUUACAAAGUGAUUAAGGAGCCUAUGGAUCUCAAGCAGAUGGAAACGAAACUCGAAUCAAACACCUACAGUAAGCUCGCUGAGUUCAUUGGCGAUAUGACGAAAAUCUUUGAUAACUGCCGCUAUUAUAACCCAAAGGAGUCCUCAUUCUACAAGUGUGCUGAAGCACUUGAAUCGUUUUUUGUACAAAAAAUCAAAAGUUUUCGAGAAAAUGUUGUUGGUCAAGGCAAUUAAAAGUCAUUGGAACGAAGCUUUGGCUGUUCAUACAAUUGGCACCGGUUGCAAUGGAUUUAGUUGGGUUCAUCACAACCAUUAUAAAAAGCAAAAGAAAAAGCAAAAAAAAUAAUGAUUUUAUAUAG